ACCAGCGCCUCCUGCGGAAUCUUCCUCACAUGGGCGUCCUCAAGGUUGUUGUGGUGGCCAUAGUGGCCCUGGUGGCCCGGGUGUCUGGCCAUCCAGGACCUAUCCUUGACUUCGAAGCUGACGACCAUCACCACGAGCAGGAAGGUGACCCAGGCUCUGCCAUCACGGGGUCCUACGGGUGGACGUCUCCUGAAGGUGUCAACUUCCUGGUGCGGUACGUGGCUGACAAGAACGGCUACAGGGUCCUCGAGUCUAACGCCGUCCCCCUCAACGCUGACGGAGUGUACGCCGAUGGUACCCAGGGCUCCUUCACCUCCUACGAAGACGAGAAGUGAUCCUUGAGCUGACGGAGGGAAUGGCGUUGAGGGAGGAGUGACAUAAAAGGCAUAAAAUGUAUGAACGUAAAAUUGUCUGGAAGGAUGAAUGAAAGAAUGAAUGAAGGAGAGAACAAUUGACCAAAGAAGUAGAGGAGUGAACAGAGAAGUGGAGGAGUGAACGGGGAAGUGGAGGAGAGAACGGGGAAGUGGAGGAAUGAACGAAUGAGUAGAGGGAGCGUUCACAGGGUAACAAAACGCUACAUGAAAACAAAAAGUUCAAAUUUGUGAUAAACACGAACCUGAAUAUAUACGUCUAAGAGAAGAUAGAUAUAUAGCUAGAUAGAUAGAUAGUUAGAUAAAUAGAGCUUUUAUUUUUGAUGACAGAGUGUUUUAAAAAGAGUCUUCGAUACUUAACGGUGUUCGAGUUCUUGUUAUGUGUCACUUGUGCUGAAUAAAUCAUUUUUGUCGAA